UCUCUCAUGGGAGGAGCAAACGGGUGCAGGCAAAAGAGAUAAAAAGCUCUGUUAAAGAAGCUCGAGCUACCGCGCGGAUUAACCUCCAUCAGGCUAGACAAAUAACGCACACUGGAAAACAAAUCUAAACUAUUCACACAUUUCCGCCCUGUUCUAAUCGACAGUGUUAAAUGACGGCUAAAUUAGACUCCGUCCCAAAAAUAGCACCAGGUAAGGGCAAUUACGCGGAAGCAGUCUCAGAACCAGUCUCUGUAUUCAAAGCCAGUUAAGUAAACGAACGUUUCAGCCUCGCGGCAUUUUGCGUACCGGGACGCAGCGGAUAAAGCAUUUCCUCUGGAGAUGAGCUACAAGUAACAUUGCUUAAGAAAUCGGAGGACCUGCAGAGAAACAAUGAGAGAAAUGAGAAAUAUUUAGCGUAAUAAUUUCAACUCAUUUUACCACAGGAGCCGUUUCAAAGCUUCAUAUGCUAAAGGAGUCUUCGAGUCGCAGAAGGGUCUGAACUCAGGUGCGCGGCGGCGCGCUGCAUCCACACUAAAGCAGGGAGCAUUUACACACAAACACGCCUCGGACUCUCAGUCACAGCUUAAAUAAAGUAAAGGUCACCAUGAGCAGGAAAACACGCCGCUGGAUUUUUCACAUUUUCCUCUGUCUGGGGAUUAUUUAUCUGAAAAUCGGUGGCUUCUCCUCCGUGGUGGCAUUGGGUGCGAGCAUCAUAUGUAAUAAAAUCCCGGGUCUUGCCCCCCGUCAGCGGACGAUCUGCCAGAGCCGCCCGGACGCCAUCAUCGUGAUCGGUGAAGGAGCGCAGAUGGGCAUCAAUGAAUGUCAGUUCCAGUUCCGCCACGGACGCUGGAAUUGUUCUGCCCUCGGAGAAAGGACCGUUUUUGGAAAAGAGUUGAAAGUGGGGAGUAAAGAAGCAGCUUUCACCUAUGCCAUCAUUGCUGCUGGGGUUGCCCAUGCUAUCACAGCUGCCUGCACCCAGGGAACCCUGAGUGGCUGUGGGUGUGAUAAAGAGAAGCAAGGUUUCUAUAACCAGGAAGAGGGUUGGAAGUGGGGUGGCUGUUCAGCUGACAUCCGCUAUGGCCUGAGCUUUUCCAAGAUGUUUGUGGAUGCCCGGGAGAUAAAGCAAAAUGCCAGGACUCUCAUGAACCUCCAUAACAAUGAAGUGGGGCGUAAGAUCCUAGAAAAGAACAUGCGCUUAGAGUGCAAGUGUCACGGAGUCUCUGGCUCAUGCACAACCAAGACUUGCUGGACAACGCUCCCCAAGUUUCGUCAGCUUGGCUACAUCCUUAAGGAUAAAUACUACCAGGCUGUGCAAGUGGAGCCGGUUCGAGCCAGCCGGAAUAAACGGCCCACAUUCCUGAAGAUUAAAAAGCCCUACUCAUACCGCAAACCCAUGGACACUGACUUGGUAUACAUUGAGAAGUCACCCAAUUACUGUGAAGCAGACCCUGUUACGGGCAGUGUGGGCACUCAGGGAAGGAUCUGCAAUAAAACUGCACAGCAAGCCAACAGCUGCGACUUGAUGUGCUGUGGACGAGGCUACAACACACACCAGUACUCACGUGUAUGGCAAUGCAACUGCAAGUUCCUGUGGUGCUGUUACGUCAAAUGCAACACAUGCAGUGAGAGGACAGAGGUAUACACAUGCAAAUAAAACAUUCCUCAUUCAUCUAUAUGUAAGAAAGAGUCUGUGAACCUAUGUUAGUAAGCAUCCGUGAAUGCGUCUAAACGUAUUUAGAGGCUUCCAGUGUGGAGUGAUAUGGAUCCAAGGUGUUUAGAAUUGAGAAACAUUGGAACGAGGUGCUCCAAGGGGUAUCUAUGGUGAGCACAAUAUUUUUAUUCACCUGGAGGAUAGCCAGAGGAUGUGUGGGUGAUGUAUUCCGCUUUGUUUCAAAGCGCAGUGGAAUGAUUUGGUGGUCGGUACCAGUGGAUGCCUAGACCUUUCUAAACUGUGGAGUGCGAAAGCUCCUGAAGUCCAGGAUAGAAGGAAUAUAUGCAUGGUGUCUUUGGAUGUUUUUUUCUACUAGUUUUCUAUCUGGAAAACAGUGCGCUUAUAUAAAACUGGAAUUUGGUUUCUCUGGACAUUAUGAAAGCAUACUGUAUAUGGGCGGUAUAUGAUAUUGAUGGUAUUUAACAUUUUAUUUACAAAAAAUAAGGCUAAUAUUAAUUUAUUUAAUAAUAAAACUACUGAUUUUCAUGUGAUUUUAUGUCUUUUUUUUUACCAAACAAUAUUCUGUUAUUGUGGUAGAAGCAACUUAACCAGCUUUUACACUUUGAUUUUUUUUUACACUGUCAUUUUUACAGUAUCCAUUGUGAACAAAACAGGUGUACACCAUGUUGUUGGCGAUGUUACUUGUGCUAAAUAUUUGUAGUACAAUUCCCUCAAGUACAAUCCAUAUAUAUAAUAUAUAUUUAUAGCAAAAUACACUGGAAAUGUGCAUCUCUUUUGAAAGCUAACUUCUCCUAAAAUGAAUUAUGUAAAUCAAUGAUGGUAACCUUCAAGAACAUUCUGAACAAUGUGUGCUAAAACAGUGUCUAUUUCACAAUAAAUAAUUUAUGUUUUGACCAGGUUUUUAAAAAAAUGGAAAUAAUAGUGAGCUGAAAUCAUUUGAUGAAGAACCUGUAGAUAAUAUUACCUGACACAUAGCCUUCUCAUGAGCUCACACACAUCUUUCCCUUGGCUCUUGUCUUUUUAGCUGGCAGAGAAGCCAAGAUAACGAUUAAUUCAUUUUGGAACAGGAUAGCUCACACCCAGGAGAUGCCUCCACUUGCUACUGAUUCGGAAUGCUGAGGUCACUGAUACUGUUCUUGCUAUAUAUGUAUACUAAAUAUUAUGCCUUUCCAUUUUGCUGCUAGUUUUUCCCCCAAGGCCUCAACUUGGAGUCUGUAUAGUGUCUAUUGAAACUAGUGCUUUUGAAUACCAUGUGAGAAUGUGGUUACCUAAAUGACCUGUUCAUGUGCUAAGUUAACAGCAGUUAACAGAAUAUAUUUUGCAAGAGAUUAUUUUUAUAUGAGUGUUUUAUUUAUUUUGUUAUAAAUUGUAUAACAUUCACAGGUAUGGAAAUCUAAGCUAGAACCUGCAUUGGAUUGCUAAUGUCAUGGUACCUUGAUCACUGGAUUGGUGUUAACUGCAUCUAAAGUGUCAAAAUGAAAUGGAAUAUUUAGAAUCAGUAAUAACAUUUGAUCAAAACCUCCUGUUGUUAGUAUAGUCAUUUAACAACAGCAAUAUGUUGAUAAGACCAAUAAUUUAAAUUAGAAAUGGGCAAACACUCUAGUACUUAAUACAGGACAUAAACCAUGACAUGAUUUUUAACCAAAGAACAGCAGAACUGGAGAUGGUGCUAUAUGGAUUGUAUUUGGUCCUAUUUCUAAUAACAAACAAUGAAUUCAGGCAAUGUUUUGCCAAACUGGUCGUUCUGCAUGCUUAUACUGUUAUAACUGAUUUAACAAAAAUGUAUGUUGUGAUUUGAACAGUCUUAAUAAAAGUCACCUCAGCAGUUUGAA